AUGGACUGUCCAAGUAGGGGUACUAAUUCCAGGCUCUCCAGAAAUAGUGAAGCUUUCUCGUCAAGAGUUGGUGCAUACCGCGUCGCAGGUAUACCCUUGAACGAUCCUCCUGAGACCACCGGUUUGAGGGACGAUCGCAAUUCGGACCUAAUAUUGAAUCUUGACGUGUCAGAUUGUGAAGACAUUGACGAAGAUGAGGAGGAUGCAGGUGGUUAUGGAAGGUCAGACUUCAAAGUCGUGGAUGACCAACAAGUUCCUGAAACUAUGAGGGAGGUAGAUAGAUUCUGGAAGAUUCGUCCGAUAGUUUCACAAAUUGAAAAGGAAUGUAGAGAAAAUCUAAGAGAAGAUAAUGUAGCCGUAGAUAAACAAGUUUUACCUUUUACCGGCAAAUGCAAACAGAAGCAGGUAGUGAAAGAACAAUCGAAUCCCGAAGGAAUUAAAGUGUUUCUAAUUGCUAAUUCCAAUGGUCUUCCUCUUGACCUGGAAAUAGACGGUUUUAUUUUCAUAAACAGCAUGUGGCGUCUGGCGCUGGUGCUGUGGUGCGCGGCGGCAACGCACGGCUGUGAGCUGAACUUUGGCGUCGGAGCAGCGCCCAAGUCUCCAGGAGACAACUUCUACCGACUUAUCAUCAACGGUGACGUGGAGCGGUAUGCACCAGGAGAACGAUAUGUUGUGACUCUGGUGGGCUCCCGCACCCACGACGUGGUGCAGCAGUUCACCCGCUUCCGGAUGAUUCUUGAUCCAUUGGAUCCCGCUGCUGUUCGCGCUCCGAGCAAGCAGGGUCAGUUCCAGCUCUUUGCCGACACUCUGACUAAGUUCGACGAGGAGUGCACGAAUUCCGUUGUUGAAGCUGAUGAUCUGCCGAAGACGGAGGUGCAAGUCAUGUGGAAGGCGCCUCCCAGUGGCUCAGGAUGUGUACUUCUUAAAGCCAUGAUUUUCGAGAACUCAAGCCGAUGGUACGCUGAGGACGGUCAGCUGACCAAACGAGUUUGUGAAGACACAUCCUUAUUGAACAGUGAAUGUUGUGCCUGCGAUGCUGCCAAGUACAAGAUGGUGUUCGAAGGGCUCUGGUCGCCGGCCACUCACCCAAAGAACUUCCCCGUGGAAGCGAUGUGGCUGACCCACUUCUCUGACGUCAUCGGAGCUACACACCGCAAGAACUUCAAGUUCUGGGGCGAGGGCGAAAUCGCCAGUGAUGGGUUUAGAUCUCUAGCCGAGUGGGGCUCGGUAGGGCUGAUGGAGCGAGAGUUGCGUCAGGAAGGCGCCAAGCUGCGGUCCAUCGUGAAAGCUCAGGGGCUGUGGCACCCUCGCGUCAACUCCAACACCUCGGCCACCUUCACAGUGGACAGGAAAAGGCAUGUUGUUUCACUCGCUUCUAUGUUCGGACCGUCUCCUGACUGGGUGGUCGGCGUGAGCGGACUGAACCUCUGUCAGAAGGACUGCACGUGGGUCGAGUCGAAGAUUGUUGACUUAUUGCCAUACGACGCGGGCACCGACAAUGGCGUAUCUUAUCUGUCACCAAACUCCGAAACAGUUCCCCGUGAGAAAAUGUACCGCAUCACCCCCAUGUACCCAGAAGAUCCCCGAGCUCCAUUCUAUAACCCUGGCGCAAAGGAAGUCCCACCGCUGGCGAGGCUAUACCUCACCAGGGAGAAACUCAUCUCCAGUUCCUGUGACGAGGAAGUGUUGCAGUCUCAGGUUAUUGAGGUAGAGGAGAAUACCCAGACUGUGAAUAGACCGGAAUGCGCGGUGACCGAUUGGAGCGUGUGGUCGCAGUGCUCUGUGAGCUGCGGCAAGGGGUUGCGCAUGCGCACGCGCGAGUACCGUAUGCCGCAGAAGGCGCAAAUGUUCCAGUGCGACAGGCAGCUCAUCUCCAAGGAGAUGUGCGUCGCAGAUGUAGCGGAGUGCGAAGGAGACAAUCCUGAGCAGGAUCCAGAUGCCGUGCCUGCAGUAGACCCAAGCCUCGCCAGCGAAUUCUGUCAGACGUCAGAGUGGGGUGCUUGGAGCGAAUGUUCUGUAACGUGCGGAGUGGGAGUCAGCGUUAGGCGCAGGACCUUCCUCAACCAUAUGGGGCUCAAGAAAUGUCCACUAGUGGAGAUAGAGGAAAGCCGCAAGUGCAUGGAGCCGGAGUGCACGGAGCGAGAACGCGACGUAUCCGACCCGUCGUGCCCUACUACGGACUGGGCGGCGUGGUCGCCCUGCUCGGCCUCGUGCGGUCGCGGCGUGAUGUUCCGCACGCGGUUGCUGCUCGUGCCGGCCGAACGCCAGCAGGAGUGUUCCACGCGCGUUGAGCUUAUGCAGCAGCGGCCCUGUCAGGAGCGCGAGAGCUGCACCAUCGACAUGCUCACUGCUAAACGAAUCUGCAUGGAGGAAGCAGACCCUGGCCCGUGUCGCGGUCUCUACCAGCGCUGGACGUUCAUGGCGGCUAAAGGCAUGUGCGUGCCGUUCUCGUACGGAGGGUGCAGGGGCAACCAGAACAAUUUCAUCACUCAGGAAGACUGCACUAACACAUGCGGUUUUAUAGCCGGCGCAGUCACUGGGAAUCAAUUGCCGAACGCAGCCAUCAGCAGCAACUACCCAGGCCUCACCGUGAACUCUGUUCAGCCAGUCUCUAAUAAUGUAAAUGGUAUAGAACCAGGAGUGGGUGAUGGAGACUGUCAAGUGAGUCCAUGGGGCGAGUGGACCAAGUGUUCUGUGUCCUGCGGCACCGGCUACCAGGAACGUACUAGGACUAUUUUGGUACAACCAAGCCCUGGAGGUCAGCCGUGUCCUCGCGCCCUCGCUCGUCGCCGACGAUGCUACAGACGAUGCUAA